AAGCCCACAUCUUUCUCGCUUCCACUUCACUCGAAAGGCUCCCUCCACUUAUAAACCCCACCACCAACUCCUCCAAUGGCGGAAAUCCCCGACCCUGCGCCCCUUGCCUCCGCCCCAAUCCGCGGAAUCCGAGCUCGCCGCGUCCUGCCCUACCGAUCGAUCUGAGCCUCGCCGCGCGCCGUGCCCUAGAUCGGGAGAUCUCGCCUCCGGCAUCGGGGACAGCGCAAUGGUGGAGACGUCCGGCGGCGGCGGGAGGCUCCACCCCCACGGCCAGCGGCGGAGCGUGGCCGCGUUCCUCGCGGCCAACAAGACGCUGCUCGCCGCCGCGUGGGUCAUCGGGUUCACGCUGGUGUUCCUGUGGCAGAGCGCCAAGGUAUCGGUCGGCGGCGGCGGCGGGGGCGGCGGGUUCCUCAGGCUGCGGUCGGCGCCGCCGCCGCCGCCGUCGCGCCCGGCGCCGCUGCUGCGCCCCAAGGCGUACGAACUGACGGAUUUUGGCGGCGUCGGGGACGGGCGGGCGGUGAACACCGAGGCGUUCGAGCGCGCCGUCAAGGCCAUCGCGGCGCUCGCGGAGCGUGGCGGAGGGCAGCUCAAUGUGCCUCCCGGCCGAUGGCUCACCGCGCCGUUCAACCUGACCAGCCACAUGACGCUAUUUCUUGCCGAGGGCUCAGAAAUCCUUGGCAUUCCGGACGAGAGGUAUUGGCCGCUCAUGCCUGCAUUGCCGUCUUAUGGGUAUGGCAGGGAGAGGAAAGGACCUCGCUUUGGAAGUCUCAUUCAUGGACAAAAUUUGAAAGAUGUAGUCAUUACAGGACACAACGGUAGCAUAAAUGGACAGGGUGAAGUUUGGUGGAUGAAGCAUCGCAGAAGGAUACUGAAUAAUACAAGACCUCCUCUUUUGCAGCUGAUGUGGUCCAAGGACAUUAUUGUUGCAAAUAUAACAUUGAAGAAUUCACCUUUCUGGCACUUCCACCCAUAUGAUUGCACGAAUAUAACUGUUUCUAAUGUUACUAUCUUAGCUCCUAUUUCUAGUGCUCCAAACACAGAUGGCAUAGAUCCAGAUUCUUGUCAGGAUGUGCUUAUUGAGAAUUGCUACAUUUCAGUUGGUGAUGAUGCCAUAGCGGUAAAGAGUGGGUGGGAUCAAUAUGGGAUUGCAUAUGGGCGCCCAUCUCGUAACAUUGUGAUACGCAAUGUAAUGGCUCGUUCAUUGGUCAGUGCUGGAAUUUCAAUUGGCAGUGAGAUGUCUGGUGGGAUUGCAAAUGUUACAGUGGAGGAUGUCCGCAUUUGGGAGUCACGGCGAGGUUUGAGAAUAAAGACUGCCAUAGGAAGAGGGGGCUACAUCCGCGAUAUCUCCUAUCGCAACAUAACCUUCGACAAUGUCCGUGCUGGUAUUGUGAUAAAGGUUGACUACAAUGAGCACGCUGAUGAUGGGUAUGACCGGGAUGCCUUUCCAGACAUCACAAACAUAUCAUUCAAGGAAAUACAUGGGCGAGGUGUCCGGGUGCCAGUCCGUGCUCAUGGCAGCAGUGACAUUCCCAUCAAGGACAUCAGCUUUCAGGACAUGUCUAUCGGCAUCAGCUACAAGAAGAAACAUAUUUUCCAGUGUUCCUUCAUUGAGGGGCGUGUCAUCGGGUCAGUGUUUCCAAAACCAUGCGAGAAUUUGGAUCUCUACAAUGAGCAAGGGCAGCUUGUUAAGCGUGCAGCAAUGGUAAACAGCACGGAAGUUGAUUAUGACAUAUGAUGAUAUAGGUGGCUAAGGCUAACAGCAGAACAUGGGUGGCAUUCCCAUCCUCAUUUUUGUUCUUUUAGUCUUUCUGUGUUUUUUGAGAUUAGAACUGUAUAUACAUAGGAGAUUCACCUCUUCAUAGGUUUGAAUGCAGUGGCUAAUUGUAUCUCUCAUUUCAUUUGUCCACCAGCAUUUUGUUCUUGCUGCCAAACAUGUAAUACAACCUUGCAAUCUUAGAAAUACACUUGGCCAUUCACCAUCCCUGCCCAACUGAAAGUAAAAGAUGUUAAUUAUUGUUUUAUCGGUGCUUGAUGAUGUCAA